CAAUUUUAAUUCUAAAUUCAAAAUUUGCAAACUAAAGUUCUUAUCAUUUUGGUGGAAUGUAAAUUUGGUACCAUCAUGACUUCAAACUGGAACAAAUCCAGAAUUGUACAAAUAACUGAAGAAAAUUUACCGAAUAAUGAAACAAGUUUUAUGGUAGGUGGAACUUUAUAUGUCAUUAAACAGCAAAAUGUUCGUACUACUAUUGAAAUGCGACGAUUUCAAUACAGUAGAUUAUUACCAAAUGGUAAUCUAAUACCUCUGAAUAUGGACAGGAAUGAAACUAGUUUCAUUGACGAUUACAUUAAUUACUGUAAAUUACAAGCAAAGCCAAAACCUACAGUCGUAACGCCUAUAAUACCAAAUUUGCCUACACAAUGCACUGGAAUUAUACAUUCUAAUCCUACCGUGUUAACUGUAAACGUUACAACUCAGACAAAUUUUACACGCGAUAUUAGCACUUCAACAGAAUGUACUGCCCAACCAAAGAUACAGUUUACAACCACUCAAAAGAACAAAACAAAAUUAAAUAGUCAUUAUCCUUGUUGUGCUGAAUAUAUUCUUCAUAAAAAGAAGAAUAAAAAAAGAAAUCAUCGAAAGAAGAAAAUGCAUUUAUCCCCAUUUUUAAUAACUGAUAGUGAUGAUAGUGAGGUGCUUGGAAAAAAUCAAACAGUCGAAUAAGUCAAAUGUUGUAAGAUUCAACAUGCUGUUAAGAUCAAAAAUCUUUUUUAGUAAAACAUUUGAUUGUGAAUUUAUGAUAAUCUAAAAUGGCGGGAUGUGAUCAAUUUUACUUUCCUCGUGCAAGGGUAUUUUCUUUACUGAAUAGCAUUGAUAAACGGCCAAUUUGGUUUUGGGGAAUACAUAAAUGGACAGAUGGAUGUGUUAAACGCAUAACGGAUAUGGAACUGCAAACUUUAGUAUUACAAAUUACAGGAAGUUGCAUUGAUAGAACAUUCAUCUGUUGUCCUCCAUGGACAAAUAGAUACCUCUUCAUUGACUUUCCUGUGAUCACAAUGCUAAUUAAGAAUUUAAAGCAAUACUUUGUUUUUGAAUGGACCAUUAUUGACGAUGAAGACAAAAUUCGUCGUUUCCGCGCCUCCAAUUUUUGUUCUGUGGCACGUGUUUCUCCAACUUUAUGUUUGGUUCCAAUGCGUUUAGUUGAUGGAUGGAAUCGAAUACGUUUUGAUCAGUCAUCAUUUGCACAGAAUGCUUACGGAACCAAUUUUCGACAAACUAUACGUUUACAAAUACACGCAAAUUGUCAAAUACGUUACUUAUAUCUAUCGAAUCGGUUUCUAGCCGAAGACGAAUUACCUCCAGAUCUCCAACUUCAUUUAAAAGAGCCAGAAAUUGAAAUCGAGAGGCAAUCACAAAUAGGUAGUAGUGAUACGGAGAUUUCCACAUCCACAUUAUGUAUGGAAAUUUAGUUUUUAAAUUUAAAAUUAUUUCAAAAUUUCUUAAGCUUGAAAUAAAAAAAAUAUAUAUUUUGUUUUUAUUCGAACAAACUUCUAUAAACUUCUACUACAGAGCAUCAGUUAAAAAUUACCAGCAAAAUAAUUUUUUCUCUAAAAUCAUUGUUAGU